AGGCAACACUGAGCCACAGUUCAUUAUCCCUUCAUGCCGGGUGACUUCUAUUGUUACGUCUUCGAGAUCAGUGAUUCUUUUCUCCGUCCUUUUCUGCUGUUGCGCUAAUCCACCGAGAUUUUUAUUUCAGGUAUCGCCAUCCGGGAGUCGGCGAAGGUGGUGGAUCAGGCCCAGCGGAGGGUGCUGAGAGGCGUCGAUGACCUGGACUUCUUCAUAGGGGACGAGGCCGUGGAUAAGCCCACGUACGCCACCAAGUGGCCAAUAAGGCAUGGAAUCAUCGAAGACUGGGAUCUUAUGGAAAGGUUCAUGGAACAAGUGAUUUUUAAAUACCUUCGAGCGGAGCCCGAGGACCAUUACUUCUUAAUGACAGAGCCUCCGCUGAAUACGCCAGAAAACAGAGAAUAUCUUGCAGAGAUUAUGUUUGAGUCGUUUAAUGUGCCCGGACUCUACAUUGCAGUACAGGCGGUGCUGGCCUUGGCGGCCUCGUGGACGUCUCGGCAAGUCGGCGAGCGCACGCUGACGGGGAUCGUCAUCGACAGCGGCGACGGGGUCACGCACGCCAUCCCAGUGGCAGAAGGCUAUGUAAUCGGAAGCUGCAUCAAACACAUCCCGAUCGCAGGCAGAGACAUUACGUAUUUCAUUCAGCAGCUGCUGAGGGAGAGGGAGGUGGGGAUCCCUCCCGAGCAGUCACUGGAGACGGCGAAGGCCAUCAAGGAGAAGUACUGUUACAUUUGCCCGGACAUCGUCAAGGAGUUUGCCAAGUAUGACGUGGACCCCCGCAAGUGGAUCAAGCAGUACACGGGAGUUAACGCCAUCAGCCAGAAGAAGUUCGUCAUCGAUGUUGGCUACGAAAGGUUCCUGGGACCUGAGAUUUUCUUCCACCCGGAGUUUGCCAACCCGGACUUCAUGGAGUCCAUCUCGGACGUCGUUGAUGAAGUGAUACAGAACUGCCCCAUCGACGUGCGCCGCCCGCUGUACAAGAACGUCGUUCUCUCGGGAGGCUCCACAAUGUUCCGGGACUUCGGACGCCGACUGCAGAGAGACCUAAAACGAGUGGUGGACGCCAGACUGAGGCUCAGCGAAGAGCUCAGCGGCGGCCGGAUCAAGCCUAAGCCCGUGGAGGUUCAGGUGAUAACGCAUCAUAUGCAGCGCUAUGCGGUGUGGUUUGGAGGCUCCAUGCUGGCCUCAACUGUGUCUGUACUGCUCCUAACCGCUGCCUCCCGCAGCCCGAGUUCUUUCAGGUGUGUCACACCAAGAAGGACUACGAGGAGUACGGCCCCAGCAUCUGCCGCCACAACCCGGUCUUCGGAGUCAUGUCCUAGCGGGCGCCGCGCCGGCCGAGACCGCAGCUCCUGUACAUAGUGCGGCCGGCGUCGGUGGCCAGAAGCGUGCUUGCGUCGCCGAGUGCAUGAGGCGGUUCCGUGCACGCCCCGUGCCCCCCC